UUCGUAGGAGGCCGCGGGACCGCAGCCAUCGCGCGGCGAUGACCCCGCCGCCAGAUGCCCCCCAACCGCCCGCGCCCCGCCGUAGCGAGAGGAUUAAAAGCUUGAAGCGCCAGGCCGUGCCACUCUCAUCUCAAGACGCCCCGCCGAACAAGCGGAUACGUUUCGUCCGAGAAGUCGCGGAGCCUCCUACGGUUCAGACCGGUACUAAGACGACAAGGCCAAAGUCAGGCUCCAGCUGUACACUACCGAAAAAGGACGAGGACGCCGCCGAGACGGGACGGGGCCGUGGCCGCCCGAAAAAGGAAACUAUGGCGAAUGAGUUCCCUAGCAAGGAGGGGGAGGCUGACGCCACGCUCAAGCGAGGCCCCAAAAAGUCUGCAGGAAAGAAAGGGGUGCCCGCCAACACCACCCCCAAGCGUGGCCGGGGUCAUCCGAAAAAAGAGCCCGACAUAGCCAAGAUACCUGUCCCGCUACCGAAAAUCGGAAAGGCUGCCCAGGCCAUUAGUGGGCCCUCCAAACGGGGACGCGGGCAUCUAAAGGAGCCAAGCACGGACAAGUCGACCAGUGUACAACAGCAGCCACCGGAUAACAGGCGAGGUAUCCGGAAGGGUGCGCCAGCUGUUAUUAAGAGCGCUUCUAUAUCACCAACUCCGCCGGCCGCGUUGCCAGUACCCGGGCGGCGUCGGGGCAGGAGCCAAAGGCAAACUUGAUCAGUUGAGACAUAGAUCAAUGGUAUUGGGAAGAUCGAACCCGAUUGCAAUGGAGGCAUUCCGUGCCUGCACUUGCCCCUGGCCGCCGUGGGCCGAGCGAGAGCCAGGCCACUAGCCGCGUCGGUACUCGAAGAGGGCUUCAGUCCCGCCGGUGUAGGAGGCAACGCAAAGGAUGGCUUGGCUUUGGUGAUGGCCACUAACCUAUACACCAUCUCGCCCUCUGGGGGUGGCUCUUGGUCUUGGGUCUGUCUUAAUAGCUGUUGUGAGUGCGGGGCGCAAUGGGGGGACCAGAGAUGCUCGACGACGCUACGAACGUGUUGUGUGGGCAUCAAGAGUGGCCAGUCGCCACAGCUCGGGGCGAAAAUGGUUGCUAGUGCCUCCCGAUAAGUACGGUCAUCUUCGAACUUGGUUACAAACUGACAGGUUUUAUAGGCGGCGACAGGAGGUUAAAUUGUUUACGGAAUGGCGACGGUGCUAAGGAGGGGAAAGAAAGGCUUCGUUUACUAUCCCGAGCGUACAAGAAGUGCCAGUAGCGGUAGCGAAUACAA